AUGUCUGCCACCAAGCCCAAGAUCUUCGUUAUCUAUUACUCAACAUACGGGCAUGUGCACACGCUCGCGCAGGCCGUAACCAAGGGCCUGCUCAAGUCCGACGCAGUCGACGUCGAGCUCUACCAGAUCGCCGAAACUCUGACCGACGAUGUGCUCGACAAAAUGCACGCCGCGCCCAAGUCCAACCUGCCGAUCAUCACGCCCGAGAAGUUGGCCGAGGCGGACGGUUUCCUGUUAGGAUUCCCCACGCGAUUCGGCGUCGCGCCGGCGCAGGUCAAAGCCUUCUUCGACUCCACCGGAAAGCUCUGGUCCUCGGGUGCUCUGGUCGGCAAGCCUGCUGGCAUCUUCUUCUCGACGGGCUCCCAGCAUGGCGGACAAGAGUCCACAGCAUACUCGUUCUUGCCCCAUUUCGUUCACCACGGCAUCAUAUACGUGCCCCUCGGGUAUGCUAGCCCGCUGAUGUUUGACAACAGCAGUGUUAUUGGCGGCUCGGCUUGGGGCGCAGGUACUAUUGCCGGGCCUGAUGGGAGCUUGCAGCCCAAAGCCCAGGAGUUGGAGAUCGCCGAGACGCAGGGAGCGAACUUUGCAAGGGUCGUC